AGUGCAUGAAGUAUGCUCAGUGUGCCAGCAAGGGCUGAUAAUCAGCAGAAGGACAGGGUGCUUCGUUAGUCAGAAGAGCCAGGGCUUUCCGGCUGCCAGGCUACAGAACUCGCCUCACCACUCUUGAGACAUGGACAACGCCGUUGAUGGACUGGACAAAGCUUCUAUAGCAAACUCAGAUGGCCCCACAGCAGGUUCCCAAACACCUCCCUUCAAGAGAAAGGGGAAACUAUCCACCAUUGGUAAAAUCUUUAAGCCUUGGAAAUGGAGGAAAAAGAAGACCAGCGACAAAUUUAGAGAAACCUCAGCAGUAUUAGAAAGGAAGAUAUCCACACGACAAAGUAGAGAGGAGCUGAUAAGAAGGGGAGUUCUUAAGGAAUUGCCUGAUCAAGAUGGAGAUGUAACAGUUAACUUUGAAAAUUCAAACGGGCACAUGAUACCCAUCGGAGAGGAAUCUACCCGAGAGGAAAAUGUAGUAAAGUCUGAAGAAGGUAAUGGCUCUGUUUCUGAAAAAACACCACCUCUGGAGGAAAAGGCAGAAGAUAAGAAAGAGAACACUGAAAACCACUCUGAAACACCGGCAGCUCCUGCUCUACCUCCUUCUGCUCCUCCUAAGCCUAGACCCAAACCUAAACCCAAAAAAUCACCUGUGCCUCCAAAAGGGGCCACUGCUGGGGCCAGCCACAAAGGUGACGAAGUGCCUCCCAUUAAAAAAAAUACCAAGGCUCCUGGUAAGCAGGCCCCCGACCCUCCACCCAAGCCAACAAGCCGAAACACGACCCGAGAGGCUGCUGGCUCCUCUCAUUCAAAAAAAACAACUGGCUCUAAAGCAUCAACUUCGCCAUCCACUUCAUCCACCUCAUCUCGUCCCAAAGCUUCAAAGGAGACAGUUGCUAGCAAAACAGGGACAGUGGGGACCACCAAGGGCAAGAAAAAAACUGGCAAGCAGCCAACGACUUCUCGUCUGUCCUCAGACACAACCACUUCUGGCAUAGCCGACCUUAAAGGAGAGCCUUCAGAGACGAGAGUGGAGAGUCUCAAACUUGAACAGACUGUCCCUGGAGCUGAGGAGCAGAACACAGGCAAAUCCAAGUCCGUGGUCCCUCCACCCCCUGUGGCUCCAGCACCUUCUCCUCCGGCCCCCACUCUCCCUCUUGAAGAUCAGUGCAUUACUGCCUCCGACACUCCAGUUGUCCUGGUCAGCGUUGGAGCUGACCUGCCCGUCUCUGCCUUAGACCCAAGUCAGCUUCUUUGGGCUGAAGAGCCAAAAAACAGAACCACUCUCUACUCAGGCACUGGCUUAAGUGUUAACAGAGAAAAUGCAAAAUGUUUCACAACCAAAGAGGAGCUGGGGAAGACAGUGCCUCAGCUACUGACUCCUGGUCUGAUGGGUGAAUCUCCAGAAAUCUUCAGUCCCUCAGAAGAUGAAGGCCACAGGGAAUACCAAGCCAGUGACUCUGACUCCGACGGGCCUGUCUUGUACACUGACGAUGAGGACGAAGAUGAAGAUGAGGAUGGCAGUGGAGAAAGUGCUUUGGCAAGUAAAAUACGCCGGAGGGAUACUCUUGCUAUCAAACUUGGCAACAGACCAUCUAAGAAAGAAUUAGAGGACAAAAACAUCUUGCAGCGUACAUCCGAAGAAGAGAGGCAGGAAAUCCGACAGCAAAUUGGAACCAAGUUAGUCAGGAGGCUGAGCCAGAGGCCCACAACUGAAGAAUUAGAGCAAAGAAACAUCCUAAAACAAAAGAAUGAAGAAGAGGAACAAGAAGCAAAAAUGGAACUUAAACGCAGACUCAGCAGAAAGCUCAGCCUGAGACCCACAGUGGCAGAGCUACAAGCUCGAAGGAUCCUGCGAUUUAACGAGUAUGUAGAAGUCACAGAUUCUCCCGACUAUGACCGCCGAGCAGACAAGCCCUGGGCCAGGUUAACACCUGCAGACAAGGCAGCAAUAAGGAAAGAACUAAAUGAAUUUAAAAGCACAGAAAUGGAAGUUCAUGAAGAGAGUCGACAGUUUACAAGGUUUCAUCGUCCAUAACGAAGUGCGAGACUGUUUGGAAACAGAGACUGAUCAUCUUUAGGGGAAGCCCUGCUUCCUGAAAACCUGAUAUUGCACUGGGAUUUGAAUGUGUGUGUUUCCGUUUAACUUGUGGUGAAGGAAGUGUGUGACUCAGCUUGGUUGGGAAAUGCUCCUCACCUGUGCGGUCCAGAUGGCUCCAACAAGCAAAGGGAAGGAUGAAGUGACUCUUGCUGCCCAGAAUGCACAGCGAUGGUAAGAGACACCAUGGAUAUUCUUCAUCAGAAGCUUUAAUCAAAGAAGAUGAGCAGAUGACAAUCGCUGGCUCCCUGUUACCAGAAAGCCAAAUUUUAUGAUGCGGGUGAAAGAAAAAUAUAGAUAAAAUUGCUGGGCACUGAAAAGGGGUGGGAGUUGAAAAUCAGAAAGAAAAAUAUUUCAUUAUGUUAAUGAAGAAAAGAGAAAACUGAAGUAUAAAUGUAUUUUUGAAGUAGUUAUUGGGUAGCUGAGAACUUAGUAAGGGAUUUAGGAAUCUAACCUCCCGAUAUGGAUUCCUCAAAGACUUGAUCUGAGAAUAUUCUUGUUUCACCAUUAUGUUGGUACAGUAUAGUACCACAAUUUUAUGUUGUGCCAGUGAAUCCAGUUGCCAGAAAUAAGUCUGAAUGUUUUCAUGCAUCUUUUUCUUAAAUGCGAGAGCUUCUACUGACUUUUAACAAGCAUGCUUACCCAAAUUUUGUUGCAUGCUUUUAAGUAGCAUUAGCUAUACACACUUGACAUUUUUAAAUUUUCCUUUCCUAGUGUACCAACCUUCACAGGCAAAGAGGACUGAGAAUAAAGUCAGAUGUAAUGUGACCCUAGAAAACUGUAGCAAGCUUCAGAAAUAAAUCUUUUGAUCUUUCCCUAUCUUGAUUAGAUCCAAAGUCAAAGCAACCAUACUUCACCUAAAGAAGACAGUAUUGACAAUCAUGACACCUGUUAUGAAAACUUGACUCCAAAGUUAAAAUUUAAGCAAGAUACAAACGUGCUGCCUGCAGUUAGUCCUGCAUGGGAAUAAGGACUAGUUAUUUUUUAGUGCUGCAUUUUUUAAAAGUUGGAUUGCUGCUAUUAAAAAAAAAAAGAAAGAAAAAAAAAAGGACACAGAUAAAAAAAAAAAAAAACCCAAAGGCUUAACAGAACAUGGAAAGUUUCUACUACGUUGUGUGUGAGGAAAUCCUCAUCUUGUAUUUUAAGAAUCUGCAGAUUGCAUCCAUAAAUACAAUACAGUAUUUACUGUCAAUGCAAAAGAAUCAGUGAGAUUAAAGUAGUGGAAGCUUUCCCUAUGAGCCUACAGUCUGUAUUGUUUACAUUAAGAAACGCUCUAUUGUUGUGUUCCUAUUUUCCAUGGAGUCACAGGCACAGUAUGACUUCUGCUCCCGAAUACAUAUAACCAUAUGUAAAUACCACCUUGCAUUUAAUUGUUCUUCACGAUUGUUUUGUGCCCCUUUAAUUAAAAACACAUGAAAUGAAUAACAAAACAAGACCCAAGUAGAGUUUAUUUUAUUCUCAGAGUUUGGACUACAAUUUUCUGAGAUGUUUCUGGUUCAGGACUGUAAUUUUCUAUUUCAACCCAAAAGUAAGCAUUUAACCUGGUGAAUAAAUGUAGAUCCUGCCAUUCAUUGGUAUUUUGAAGAACCACUUGAAAUUGGAUCAUUUUAUUUAAAAAUAAAAAAUGAUAAUGCCAGUUGGCCUAUUAUUAAAAGCCCGGACAGUGUUAGCACUAGGAAAAGUAACCAGCAUUACUGCACCUCUUGUUAGGCUCUGUGCAUUAACAAAAUACACAUAGAGUCUGUUGUCAUUUCACUAAUAGGAUAAGACAAAUUUUUUGCUUUGAAAAAAUUUUUCUGUGUGCCCAGGUAUCUGUCUCUGACUGAGGUUUUGUCUGUUUUAUAGUGUUUCAAUCCAGCCAUAAAAAUUAACUUGUGAUUUUUUUUUCCCAGAGUCAUGCUUUUCCUUAAUUAUAUUUUUAUUUUAUUAUUUUAGUGUCUUGGGAAAAAUACCAAGAGAUAUAACGUUUCUUUUAAUUGUCUAUGCUUAAUCAUCUUUAAACACUUUAAAUUUCUAACCACAAGACCUCUCUAUAAUGGUAAAUAUAAGACAUCACCAUCUUAUCACUCAAAGUACAUGUUAUUGAAAGUUUUUAUUUGGUUGAUAAAAGGAACAAUUUCUUCCCACUUUUGAUGCCUAUGACGCAAUUUUUUAUUGCCUACAAUGAGAUACACUCAGUACAAAAAAUGAAAAUCUGGUAUUUCAAAAAUUUUUUUUGUAUAAUAGGUCAGAUUUAUUAACUACUCAUACUUUUUCUUCAUACUAAUCGAUACCGUUAGAAAAUUUUUUUUAACUUAGAUAAAAGUUUAAAAGU